UGAUGGGCGGUGUUAGGGCGCUAGAGGGCGAAUGUUUGCGCGCAGUGGGCGUGGCGGCUCCGGGUGCCCUGUGCAGUGAGUGCGGUGUGAGAGCUGUAGCGGGCGGACCGGGCUGGCAGUGCCUGGCUGGCUGCGUCACACGAAAAUGCACUCGGAUGCUGUCAGUAAGUAAUGGAGGCACCCGGCGGCCCCCGGCACAGAGCUCACUGGGGGGGCCGGCUCGGGGUGACUGCGGCUGGGGGGCCGGGUAUCGGGUGUGUACCGCAGGAAGGGAGCCGCGGGAACCAGUGCUGCGUAAUAACAGCCGCCGCCAUCACCGUCUGGCUGUCCCAUCCCCCUCCCUGACAGCACUGCCGAGAGCACUGCCAGGCUGGACAAGGGCUGUCUGGGAACUGCUGGCACCUCAGCCCUCAUACAGUAUGGCCCCCCAGGAUGGCUGGCUAGCCCUGCUACCAAACUGCAUCAUGGGAAGUGUAGUCCCCCAACAGCUGGAGUCAGUAUCCCAGUAACAUGGGAUGUAUAAAAGUUGGCGUCCAUGUCAAAAUGUCAUGGGAAAUGCUGUGCAUGACAGCUGGAGUGACUGUGCAGCAUGGGAAAUGUAGUCCAUAGUAGCUGCAGUGAAUGUCUCUACAACAGGGGGUGCUCAAAAGGUAGAUGCCCAGAUGUUUUUUAAAACUACAGCUUCCAUGAUGCUUUGCCAUUCUAAAGACAUACAAAGCAUCAUGGCAGUUGUAGUUUUACAACAUCUGGACAUCUACCCUUGGCACCCCUGCUGUGCAACAUGAGAUGUGUAGUCCACAACAGCCGGGGUAAUUGUUUGUACAACAUGGGAUGUGUAGUCCACAACAGCUGUCUAUGGUUAUUGGAAUACAUAACAGCUGGUAUGGUUUACUGGUGCACAGAAAAUCACAGGUUUAUUCACUAUAAAGAAUGAAUUGUCAGGAAUUCAAAGUAAAAUUAAAAGUUAAUGACUAAAUAAAUAUCCAAUCUGAAAACAUGGAAAACGUUUCCAAUUUUUGCUUAAAGGAACAUCCCAAAAACCAUUACUAAUACAGCGGGUCCUAGGAGCGACCCCCAUUGUAAGUCAAACCAUUCUUGAAGUUGCAUUUCUCUUGAUGUUUAAGCAUUAAAGGGACACUAUAAACACCCAGACCAAUUCAACUCAUUGACGUUGUCUGGGUGCAAUGUCCCUUGUCCAUAAAAACUGCAAUAAUUACAUUUGUGGGUUAACUCCACCUCUAUUGACUGUCUGCCAGACAGCCAGUAGAGGGACUUCCAUGAGGCUAGGCGACUUUUGGUCGUCAAACUGAUGCUGGACGUCCUCACGCUAUGCUUGAGGAAUUUCAGCAUCCCCUAAAACACCAUUAUGCAAUGCCUAAGGGGGGGGGAGUCCUAAUGCAAGCGUGUCUGCAGAGCCCGAAUCAGCCCCGAGGGAUGUCGGCACUGGAAUCAGGUAAGUGACAGGAUUUUUAACCCCUCCUGCACCACUGGCGUGGAGGGGCCGCAACAGAUGGGGGCGCAAUAGGGAGCUAUAGUGACCGGAAAAUAACUAUCCUGGCACUAUAGUUUCUCUUUAACUCUAACUGUGUGGACUACAAAACCCAUGAUACUGGUCUAUUCACUAAGUAAGAAUUGCCAAAGGAUCUGCAAUUUUAGGCCCAAAAAGUGAAUUUCAAUGUGUUUAUUCUGAUCUUGAAUUUGUAAUUUAUUUAAUGGGUAACUGUUACUUCCUAGAGAUUUUAAUGUAACAUUUACUUAUCCCCUAUAUUUAACGAAUGUGUUUUGUAACAUGACAGAUUUGUGGAUUUACAAACACCUCCAUCUUGACUUGCUGUCACCCAUUAUAUAUGUUGUCUCUGUUGGCCAUUGAACACAAUGGAAGAGGACAAACAAUGUUGGUUUCUGAAAAGUGUUUUAAAGUAGUAAAAGUUGGGCAGUCAUUGGUAAUUCUUCCCCUUUUUAAUGUUUGCACCAUUUUUCAAAACGAACACUUUUUAAUACAUAACCAACCAAUGUUUUUGUAAUCCUCAUUUGCAUUCUGUGUCAUGGCUGUGCACAUAGUGAACUGGAUUGUGAUUUCAUUCACUAAAUAUGUCAUACCUUUUUAAAUGAAAACAGUGUCACAUGAAACCAUGAUUAACAUAAGUUAAAGGUGAUUUUCAAUAGUUUAUUCAAUAUUGUAAUUUAAUAGUGUCUUAACAGUCAGAAUGUCAUGGGUUAGCCCUCAUUUUUGAGAUGUAGAAAUCUAUACAAUGGUUUCACUACUUACAGUGUGAUGGAAACAGUGCUUCCUGCACAAGAACCACUAAAAUGGGCAGUUAUGGUGCUUGAAGUGUUCUUUUAACCCCUUAAGGACCAAACUUCUAGAAUAAAAGGCAAUCAUGACAUGUCACACAUGUCAUGUGUCCUUAAGGGGUUAAAGGACCACUGUAGGCACCCAGACCACUUCAUCUUAAUGAAGCCCGGCGCUGGAGAAAGGUAUUAUUAUUAAGGUAAGUGAUUAACCCCUUCCUCCCGUGGCGGGAGGGGAGCCGUGGGAGCUAUUAAUACUAUAGUGCCAGGAAAAUGAGUUUGGCACUAUAGUGGUCCUUUAAGUGACACUGAGUUGGAAAGGAUAUACAAUAAUUCCUUUUAUUUGAUACAUUUUAAUCCAAGUUGAUAGAAUAAAUACACCAACCAUAGCUGUUUAUUGAACCUGUCUGCAUGUGUUCCCACAGAAUUGUGAAACUUUUUUUAAUUUUUUUUAUUUGCCAGCUUUUACUCUUUGGUAAAGUGUACUUAGUGCUGUGAUAGUAAACACAUUGAAUAACACUUUCGUUAUUGAAAUUACACAGUUGUUUGUUUAGUGUUUUUAGCAAUAGGUAAGCUGAUGAUUGGUUUCACUAGUUUAACAGGAUAAUCUAAAGUUCUUAAGGUAAACUAAUUUUCGAUCACUUUUUGUAAAUAGACUGUGCUGCCUUCUCUUUUUAUUUGUCUUGUGUUUUUUUUCCUUUAUAAAGGGAGCUGUUGUUAGUAAGAUGUCCAUAAGUCCUACCAAUCCAUAUAGGAAUGAGAGGACUGAAAGAAAAGUGAAACUCUCUUCCUCCUUUUCACAGAACUCAUGCAAAACCUUUUUAUAACUUGGCAGUCUAGCUCCCUAUUGUGCCCCCUGUGUUGGUGCAGAAGGGGUUAAAAAUCCCUUCUGUCACUUACCUGAUUCCAGUGCCGAUGUCCCUUGGCGCUGAUUAAGGCUCUGCCUCUGCUCCACAGACAUGCUUGCAUUAGGACUCCCCCCUUAGGAAAGUAUUGUAUAAUCCUCUUCAAUGGUGUUUUAGGGGACGCUGAAUGUCCUCAUGCAUAGCGUGAGGACGUCCGGCGUCAGGUGACCAAAAUCCACCCGGAAGUCCCUCUAGUGGCUGUCUGGCAGACCGCUGAUAGAGGUGGAGUUAACCCUCAAAUGUAAUUAUUGCAGUUUAUUAAAAACUGCAAUAAUCACCUUUGCACGGUUAAUAGACCUGGGAUACUGCACCCAGCCAACUUCAGUUGAGUUGAAAUGGUCUGGGUGCCUAAAGUGUCACUUUAAUACUUAAAGGGACUCUCCAGUGCCAGGAAAGCAAUCCGUUUUGAUGGCACUGCAGGUCACCUCCCAUCCCCGGUUGCUGCUCCCUGCCUCCUCCGCCGCCGCUCCUCCUCUUCAUUACGUCAGCUGGCGGUGGAGGCUGAUCCCGCCGGCUGGGGAGACCUAAUGUGCAUGCGCGGCAAUGCCGUGCAUGCACAUUAGACCUCUCAAUAGGAAAGCAUUGAAAAUGCUUUUCAAUGCUUUCCUAUGGAGAUUUUAGCGAGGCUGGAGGUCCUCACACAGUGAGAGGACGUCCAGCAACGCUAUAGCACAGAUAAUCUGUGCUAUGAUCCCGGAAGUGCCCUCAAGUGGCUGUCUAGUAGACAGCCACUAGGGAAGGACUUAACCCUGCAAGGUAAUUAUUGCAGUUUAUGAAAACUGCAAUAAUUACAGUUGCAGGGUUAAGGGUAGUGGGAGUUGGCACCCAGACCACUCCAAUGUUCAAAAGUGGUCUUCGUGCCUGGAGUGUCCCUUUAAACAUCAAGAGAAAUGUAAUUUCUCAUAUAUAUAUAUAUAUAUAUAUAUAUAUAUAUAUAUAUAUAUAUAUAUAUAUAUAUAUAUAUAUAUAUAUAUAUAUAUAUAUAAUUUUUUUUUUUUUUGAAGUAAGCAACCUCCAGUUUGCAUGUGUUUUUAGUUUUAAUCCCCUCCAUUUGGGAUGUCUGUUUAGGCUUCUGUCUCUUCCCAAAUGUAUCUAUUUUUUGUGGUGUAAGAACUGAUAACUGUAGAUGUUCAUGAAUAUCCUAACAUAACAAAAUUAGACCUGAUUUAUUAUGCAUAGAGGUUAUGACUGACUGGCUUGUGGUCUCCUCUACCCCUUUCUUCUGAGCUGUGUGUUGACAAAUAUUCGGUCACAGUGACCCUAAUCUCCUCCACUACUACUUCUGAGGUGUCUCUAUAGUCUUUUUGCCUCCACAGGGUAGUAAUCCACGAAUACCAUUUUUCAUUGUCCUAUUCAUUAAAGAGCUUCAUGCAUAUUCAGAAGAUCCACUCUCGGCUCUCAUAAAGGCCUCAAUGUAAUAUUUUGUCUAACCUUUAAAAAAUUUUAUAUAAAUAUUAUAUAUUUUUAUAAAUAUUUAUAUUUCAAAAUAUCAGUAUAUGAUAUAUUAAAUCAUUUUAAUAGUUUAGCCCAAAAUAUUAAAGGCCAAACUUGGAAAACAAAUUUGUCUUAUGGUAUAUUUGGAUUUUUGGGGGAAUUUUGAAUAAAUCCCAACACAGUCAGCAUCUGUAUUUAAUAAAGAUAAUAUCUUUUAAUAAAUACUAAGAUGUGACAGCCUCUAUAAUAUCUGUUUGCAUGAAUCUUUGAAGCAAGUGUUUAUAUUGUUUGGUGAUUCAAGUCAUUAGGGACGGAUUUAUUGUCUUUAGUGGAUCUAGUAUCUGUAGGGGUAUUAUGUGUGACUGUGUUGGGUGGUGUAAGGCCUAUACUGUGGUUGUGGGAAGUGGGAUGGGACUGGAAGCAUAUAUAUUGAUUUUUUUUUUAUUUAAAAAAGAAAAUACACGUUAUAUUUGCCACGGAGGGGGACAUUGCAAGCACUGGUGGUAGUAAUUCUAGGCUGCAGCUCCUUCACCUAUAUGCAUUAUAUAGAAAUCAGUCAUCAGUAUUUUCCGUCACAGUAAAUAAAAAUAUUUAACCCUAUGUAGCGAAGCUCCUAUACCCCGGCUGGGUAUCUCUGCUGUAAUAUACCUCGAGGUGUAAGAAAGCACUGUUUAGUGAUAUAGCCCUUACUACCCCAGACAUCAGACGACACUUAAUGUUGGGACAAUGACGAAUGUUAUUCGGACAAGACAAUCCCAAGCAGGGGGUCUCCAUUGUGAACAUGGGUAGACAUCUCUGUGUCUGGUAGAUAAUUGAGUCAACUCUCGAUAAAUCAGUUUUCUCCUGGAUACAGAGAGCCUUACAUAGAAAAACUCCAAAAACAUUAACAAAACAAACCCAAUCCUGCAUGAGUAAUAAUUCACUGGAAAUGUCUGGCCCGAGCGCCCAUUCUGGCAGAAGAGCACUCGUAUCCAUAAGAAACGCCACAGAGUUAAAGUUUAGACUGGCCAUUCGUUGAAUCCUGGCCAAAAUGCAUUCCAUAAGUUCUGUGGCUAUGGCCAGUCAUUUUAUGGGUGCGCUUGAGCUCCCCCUGGCUUUCAGGGAGCGAUUGGUCAGUAGUUUCCGUUGUACAUUCCCUCCGGUUAGCGCUCUCCUGGACAGAGUAAAAGAAGUGGUGCUUAUCGCGGUUGCGCCGGAGUUCCAGACAGUUAUAACUAGAUCUGCUGAAGUUCUGACUGUAUACUAUGGCUCCCUGGAACUGCUGGCAGGCAUGGUGGGGAAGAGCGCUUUUGGUGUGUUUCAGGGAGGGACGGUAGGGGAAGCCAUGGUGAGUGAUAAAGGUCUUUUAUGAAUGUUUUAGUGGCACAAGGCAGGUACUGCCACACAAUACAUGAAGCCCUCUGAUAUAUUUUAAUAUUCAAGACGCUGUAUCCAAAAACUUUGGAAAUUACAAUUUUAUUUUUCUAAAGCACAUACUGAUCAAGGAUUGUAUUGGUGAUGACAGGAAAAAAAUAAAUAAUAAGAAUUAAAAAAAAAAAGUUUCAUUACUGGAUGAGUGUAAUCAUAAAAAUCAAUAUAUUUCAAAAGGCUAAACUCAAUGUAUUUGAGCCUUUUUCCAACCUAUAUUACUUUGUAACUACAUGAAUUUUUUUGUUUGUUUUGUUUUACACAGAUUUUCAGCUGAACUCCCAUCUAUCAACACUGGCAAACAUUCACAAGAUAUAUCACACACUCAACAGGCUGGUAAUGGGAAGGAUUUUAUGUACUAUGUUACAGUCUUAGUUUAUUAGUUAAUUUAUUAAUUAUUUGAGUAGAAUAUGGCUCCUAGUAUGACGUAAAAUGUAUGUAUGGAAUAAUAUAUAAAGUGUGUUAAAGGAAAACUGUUAUCUCUUAAUAUAAUCUUUUUACUUUUUUUUUUUAAUAAUAUACCAUCUGAUUAUUCAUAUGUAUUGACAUUUAUGAUAAAAUUUCCCUUUCCCACUCCCCUUUCUGAUGGCCAUCUUUAUUUACCUUCUGUGCGACUGGCCGUUAUCUGCCCAUGUGAUCACUAUUUUGCAAUUAUUUAGUGCUUUUCAAAUUUCAUUGUGGGUUUUUUGUUUUUUUGACAAUAAGUUGAAACGAAAAAAGGUGGAUGAGAUGUAAAAUCCCAAUCACAGACAAUGCCGCAACACCAGAUUUUGUGGUAUCGUUGGUAUCAGGUAGAAUCUUAAUGUGUGGAUAAAAAUCCUGACAUCAUGUUAUUGAUGGGGUUUAAGUCUUGGUGCUGGAUUUUUCCCUAUUAUAGAAAAUAUCUCACAUUGCAAGUACUGCACAAUAGUCCGCAAGCAAGGUUGAACCCCUAUAAUACAUAGAAAAAAAUUGAAUGGAGGAUAUGAAAAGUAUUUAAAAAGUGCACAUUUAUUGGUAUAAAAAUAAAUCCCAAAUCAACCCAGAAUCCUCUGCGGUUGUAAUAUCACUGCAGAUUUGGGAUUUCUGUGGGAAAAGCAAGUUUUAUGGCUUGACUGGUGUGCAGAUUUUUGUUUAACAUUGUAUUAACUAUCCACAGACUUCAGGUGGAAGGGGUUUUCAAUCACAAUUUUUCCCCACCAUAACCUUUUUGGAUUUAUUUAUAUAAAUAAUAAUCAAAAUAGGUUAUGGUGGGUAAAAAUUGUGAUUGAAAACUAUAAUUUUUUUUUAUUGCACAUUUUCCUUUAAUUUUACUCUUUAAAACUCUGAGUAGUUUAGAAUUAAAGAGCCAAUCUAAGCUCAAUGAAGUUAUGGGGCCUGGACGAUCUUACCUUACAGUGUUUAAAUAAUUAUUUAGAAAUUAUGUUCCUAAGCACCUUUCACACCGCCCCCUUUGUUUUGUCCUUGGCCACUCUAUUACUGAAGCGUUUGCGGCCAUUGCAAGUAAUAGUAUGUAAUAUAACUUAAAUCAAUAGCCAGUGAUGGACUAAUAACUGGGGUCAAAAUUUUAAUUCACAACUAUCCAUAAACGAGUGGAAAUGUCUGCCCUGGUUAGUAAAAAUUCACUCCAAGGGAAUGUACCAUGCAUCUGCAGGCCUUGUAGCUGCAUGUAACUUUCAAAGCCUGGCUAGUAUCUCAGGACUUGAAAUUGUAAGCCUUUCUGAUAGUGUCAACAAGGCGGCCAAGGGGAAGACAAAGUACGCAGCAUGACAGGCAUCUAGGGGUAGAAAUUUAAAGUUAAAUAAUUUAAAAACAAUCUAAAACGGAAAGGUUACCCUCUGCCCCAGAACUAAAGGUCCCAGAGCAACUUUAUUGAGCUGAAUGUUAUCGGGUUGGAAUUAGGAGUUCCUUUAACUGGCUUCAACAGUUGUCUUAGUCCAUCCAAUGAACUGGUAAGGGUAAUAAGGAUGUCAAAGUAUGUGGGACAUCCGUAUAUAAUAAAUAAUGUGCAAAAGUUAUCCAAUUGCAACAUAUCUACUAACCGUAACUCCAUGUUUCGAGUACUGGAAAAUUAUACGUCUGUAUAUUGCUUUAAAAAUACUUCUAGGAGACUGAGGACUGACUGCUAUACUUAGCCAAAGUACAUUCCUGAAGCUCGUCCAGGCCUGUGACGGAGCUCUUGUACUCUGACAGAGUACCUCCGCCCAGUCCGCUUUCUUGGCGUUUGCGUGGACCCUGGAGCGCUUUUCUCCCAGUCGCUGCAGCUGGACUGGGGUCCUUCUGGAGCUUUUCCACCAGGUCCGUAGUCUAUUGGUAAAGACCCAACAUACCAGAUAUACAUUACAACUGUGAACCAUACUACUGGUUAUAUAAUUAGCUCUGCCACAAUACGUGUGCCUCAGUCCAGUGAUGUAUUUACCGCAAGGCUGACAAGCCAUUUGCCUUGGGUAGCACUUUCCAGGAACCGGCAAAAAAAAUGCAGCCACCAAAUGCCCAGGCAAAUACUUUGUCAGCCUUGUUUUAUGGUGGCCCAAGAGCUGGCCUGCUAGCCACCUGUGGGCAAGCAGUCGAUUGUGUUCUGGGCAGGUGGCGAGGGAGUGUUGAACUUUGAGCUCUCCCUGCUCAGCUCCCUUGCGCACCCCGCCGUGAUGGCGGGAGCCGGAAUAUGAGGUCACUCCGGUGCCCAGCAUCACUCUGCAGCGAGGGAGCUGAGCUGGACGCAAGGUAAAAAAAAAUCCGCCCAGCUUUUCCAAAAGUAGAGAUGCUGGGUAAACUUAUAUUAAGUUUAAAAAAUAAAUAAAAAUAACAAUUUGUGAGUGUUGGGGGGGGGGGAGGGGGAGGGAAUGUGUAUGUGUGUAUGUGUUUCUGUUAGUAUGAGUGUGUGUGUGCGUAUCUGUCAGUGUAUGUGUCUGUUAUUGUGUGUAUGUCUGUGAGUGAGUGUGUGUGUGUGUAUAUAUGCCAGUGUGUGUGUGUGUCUGUCAGAUUGUGUCAAAUCAGUGAGUGUGUGUGUGUAUGUCAGUUAAUCUGUGAAUGUGUGUCUGUCAGUGAGUGUUAGUCUUCAACGGGAAGGGGUGGGGCAAAUUCAAAUUAGGGGGUUCCGUUAUGCCUAGGAGAACACAAAUCUAAAAUAUACUACCUCCUCAGUCAGAAGUGUUAUCUUUAUCUUGGCAGAGGAGCAUCCUGGAGGAUACCAAGAAUGAUUGGGGCUUUCCAUUUAUGUGAAGAGAUUUUAAAAGCCAGGUUUGAGACCUGAUAUUGUUGGUGUGUAUUACAUCUACAAAGUAUGUUUUCUUAUGUUCUUAAUCAGAAUGCACUCUUCUCACUGGGUAGUCAACAGUUUGGUCCUUUAGAUGUUAAGCUCUCAGCGUUUUCUUUUCCUUUAACAUAUUAAAAAUAAAUACAUUAAAACCCUGCUUUACCUUGGUGAAAGCUGUUUUGACAAAGUUUUAUGAUCAGAAGCAAGAUUACAUAGAGUGAAUUAGAGAGAACAACCAAUUAAAGUGAUAUUUGGUAUUCUAAACGUUUUAGUUCAAGUAGUUUUGAGAAGAGUGAAAUAUAGAGAGAGGGGGCAUUUGCGAUUUGAUCAAGUGGUAAAGACUGAAGAUAUCAAAGUUACCGCUGCCUACUCUUGAUUGAGUCACUCUCCCAUAAAAUGUACUAAUUUUCUUUUUUAAAGAAAACAAGCUUGCUCCUUUUCUACUUUCUAGCCGUUAAAUCAGACAGAAAAGUUCAGAAAAAUAACAUUUUAUUUUUUUUAAUUCAAAUCUGUUAUAAAAUGUGUUUAUUGUGCAACAGUGUUUUACGAAAAAAAGCAAUCCAUUUCAGGUAUGUCCACAGAACUCCUCAUUUAUAAAAAAAAAAACAAACAAAAAAAAAAACUGUCUUGUAACAGUUGAGUAAUUGCUAUGAAACCCAGUGGUGUUUUUUCCUGCUAAUUGAUCAAUAUUUGGAAGUUUGCUCCACAAUUACUAUUUAGAAAUACUUCCCUUUUCCACUUGUAUCUUACCAUAUAUGCAUGUUCUUGGCCACCUCAAAUGAUUACAUUGCUAUACUUUGCCUCUAUGUAUAAUAACUAGUCUUGGAUUGACUCUUUUGGUACUUGUUUUUCUUUAGUUCUAUUGAACGAACGAUUAGGUUUGCUUUCUGAGUUAAUGGGAAAAACUUUUCCACUUUAAUAAUUCCCUUUUUAUUAUAUGUUCUCAAAUGGAGCUCACAUGUUCAGGAUUAUAUGUAUUUUUAUAUACUAAGAUCUAGAUUAACAACAUUUUCUUUUACAGAACCUGACAGAAGACGUGGGUCAAGACGAGCACCAGACAGGUAGUUCUUUAGUAGUAUUUUUCUCAGGCCCACUACUUCUUGCCAUCACCUGCAAAUUGUCUGAUGAUGCUUAUUAAAAAGUGCAUACUCCUAUUUUGUCUGGUUUUCAUGUUCUCAUAAUGUCUGUCUGUCUCUACCCAUCUGCACAAGUAGCACAAUGAAAUCAACUUGUGUGUUCUUGUUAAAUGAAUCAUACAACAACAUGGCCAUGGACAUUGUAAUAGAUUGUGAAACUGUGGUCCUUUAAUCAGCACGCAAAAGGUUAUUCAUUUGAGAGAGAAUUGUUGAAAUUUAAAAAUGGAUUUCAUGUUUCAGGCCAAACUAGCUAAACUUCAAACAAAAUUGACUUGGAGAAUUUUUUUAAUUUUUUUUCUUUUUGAACUAAAAUUUGAAACGGUCUCUGAAAUCAUGACAAUUCAAACUUCAGUGAAUAACCAUGACAGAUUAAUAUUAAGUAUUUUUCUUUUAUUUGUGAAUUUUGAUUUUAGGAAACCUGCGUUCGUGCAGUUCAUCUGACUGCUUUAAUAAAACAAUGCCACCAAGGAAAAAGAGGAGACCUGCUUCAAGUGAUGAUCUGUUAGCUAAGAAAAGUCGACAUGAUGGGUAAGUGGUUCUUUCCUGGUACAUUUAUUUAUUUUAUUUUACGCAAAUUGCAUUCUUAUGAAUGACGCUAAAAUAUGGGUGACAUUAAUACAGUGGGAAUUCUACAUUAGCAAUUCUGGAAAGUAAGGGCUGGGCUGUUGGUGCUUCGGGACCCAGUCAAACCUUUUGAAAGCAAUUUAACCAAGAAACAGGAGAUGAUGCAUAAUGGUUUUAUAAUGAUUAAAUUGGCAUUUAGUGGUUACGGUACCUAGACUGCGCCUAUAAUCUAUAAAAGGUAGUAAUAAGAGAAAUAUAAAUAUUGUUUCCUAUUGAUGUAAAGAAAGUUUGUUUGCUUUUUCUUCUCUUCUCUAGCAGUUUUAUAGCACCUUGUCUUAGAAAAAAUCUGAUUUAGAAGAAAUAUUUGCAUCUUUUUGGUGUGCAUUUUGAUACUCGCGUUUCUCAUUUAUCUAGCUACAUAGAACACAGAAGAUAAUUUUUAAAUAAAAUAUGAAAUGUGGUCAUUGUUUUUUAAGAACUUCUUUCACCCCUAUCAUAAGCUUUAACUAAUUAUUAUGGACUGCAACAUAUCCAACACUUGUUGUUUGAUGGAAAUUCAUUUUGCAGUUUACAUCUUAUGUGAUUCUUUGGGAUAAGGAUGUGAAUUUACAAUCUUCACAUAUUUUUAUUUGCAAGUUUAAUAUAUGUUGUUUCUAUAUUCUCUUCCUUUUAUGAUAUCGCAGAUCUUAUGUUAAUUUGGAAACUAAAAUAUGUUUAAGAGUGAUUACAUUGUUCUAAAUCAUUUCUCAAAUGAACACUAUAUAGUCAGGAACACAAACAUGUAUUCAUGACCCUAUAGUGUAAAAAAACACCAUCUGGCUCCUGUUGCCCCAACUAAUAUAGUAAAAUGUAAUAUUUAUUCCAGUCUGCUGGUGCUGGCUCUGCCCCUGAUCUGCCUGCUUGGCUGACUUCAUCAGAAGUUAUGAUCUGAGCCAAUCACAAUGCUUUCCUGUAGGAAAGCAUUGGAUUGGCUGUUAUUGUCAAAGAGGCAGAUCCAGCAAGCCAAACACAGCCAUGGCCAUUCCUCAUCUCCUCAUAGAGAUGCAUUGUUCAAUGCAUCUCUAUGAAGAAAGUUCAGUGUCUCCAUGCAGAGGGCUGCUUAAUCACAAUGGCAAAUGCAGGUGCAGUGGUGGGACAUAGUCUACUGUUUGCUAGUUAGCAAUCCACUAUAAAAAAGAUUGACCAUUAAAUACUUUGAAAUGUGUAUUUUUAAAGUAACACAUGGCAAUUAUUUUUUUUUGCCAAUUACAGUAUUUUACCUUAUAUCUUCUCUUUAAUGUCACAGUCUCAACAAUUUCAUAAAAUGCCACACAUAUUAACUGCAUCAACAAAGAUGAUCCAUUAUUAAUAGGUGAAGCUUGCAGGUAUUGGAGGCUGUUGCUGGGGGUCAGACAGCCAUCUUCCAUCCUUUCCAGCAGCAGUAAGGUCUGCUGCUUAACGGCAGGUGCUUACGUGUGGGAGGAGGGGCCUAUGCCGGGGAAGCUGCUGAAAACACUCAGCACUGUUCCAGCCCCUCCGUCCUUCAUUCCCUCGGGCUGUAACAGACUGUUACAGUCCGAGGGAAUAUAAUUUAAGACCAUGGUCAGCAUUUGGGGGGGCACAGCAUGAUGUAGGGGGGGGCCAUGGCCCCCUCUGCCCCCCCCUAGCGACACCACUGCUUGAAUGGUACUGGGUCAUUCAAAUAUCAUUCAGUUGAAUAUAUUUGUUACAUCUGUUUUUUUUCUAAAUGUUCUGACAUCCAGAUUUUGCUUGACAACUCAUGUGGUAUAAUUUCCUCCUUUGUCAUGACUUGUCUUUGCACAUUUUUCUAUAAUCUGGUGGAUUAUUUUGAGAAACAUCCAAAUGGUGCCUUCAGACACGGAGUUGCUGCCAACUCUUAAUUUGUUGAGUGUGUCAUGCAUACUUUUAUGGGCAAUUGUCUGGUAGUUAGUUGUCAUUUGGACUUAUGAUUGCUCUGCAUGGUUUUAUAACUGCUAAGAAAUGUAGGCUAUUUAUAGGGCUAGGUGCCUGCUACACUGGAGGGACGUUAUACAUGUAAAAUAGAUGGAGAACUAUAAAAUAAAAAGUUAGUAGAAUAGUUGACUUUUUCAGUCUAUAUGAAUUCUAGCCCUUACAGGGGGUGCUCUAAUCACCAGAAAGACUUAAACGUAAUGUAGCGGUUCUGGUGCAAAGAGACUGCCCUUGCAGCCCCAGCAAUGCAAACACUAUCUAUUCUGUGAACAGGUAAUGUUUACAUUACAAGCUGGUUGUUACUCAGAGAGCCAUAAGAGGUCCUUUCUGGUGUAGUCAUACAAUGUUGGCAGGACUAGUGUUUAGCAUCUUCAUGCUCAACAUGAAGAUGAAGAACAUUCCCAAUAGAGAUGCACUGAGCCAAUACAUCUCGAUGAGGAUAUUCUGUUUGCACGGUUUGAGGAUUGCUCUAAAUGCACACUAGACCCCCAUUGUUCCCCUAUUAGAAAGCAUUGGAUUGGCUAAGAUUCAGUAAUGUUGCGAACUGGCACUGCAAGUAAGUUAAACUAUUUAAUUAUUUCAGUGCGACAAUCUAAAUAGUUAGUAAUACAAAUAUGUGUUGCUAACAUAACAGUGUUUUGCUAACAAUGUUCCUUCAAAUUGUUGGACUUUUUUAUUAUUGCAGUUUGUAUGAAAAGAAACCAGUAAAAGCUUGAUCCAUUUCCUAAUUAUUAAAAAAAAUAAAAUAAAUAAAGUUCACAGAUAUCCAGAUUUUUGCUUGCUUGUAAUUAUGUGGAAGCCUAAAGAUUGCACCAACCUUUCAUUUUACUUUCUUAGGACCAAGGUUAUUUUCACUAGUAAUUUUCUGAUUUCUUAUUUUGUAGACUUGUGUAUUAUAUAUUUGGAUUUAUGUGCAUGCAUAUGUAUAUGUGUAUACACAUUUUAUAGUGUGUGUAUUGUUAUUUAGUAUGAUUAAAAAGCUAGUUUGUAGUUUUGCCUAUAAUUUGUUCACAAAUAUUAGGAUAAAAAUAAGUAUCUCAAAAUAUUUUAAUUUUUAUCUCCGUAAUUACCCAUGUCUUUGUUACUCCUCUUUUAUUGCCAAGGCUCCUUUGCUCUCUCUCAGUAUCCAUGAGUAAGUGGGAGUCUUGAAAUGCACAUUCAGUGUUGGCACACCUCAGUUUUUUCCUGCCUAUAGAUUUGAAAGCAAACACGUGCAAAGAAAUGCUGGGGAGAGGGCUGAACAUAUUGGUCCAGUCCCAUAGCAGUUAAUAUUAGUUUUUAAGCAGUGACUGAAGGGCAAAUUCCAGUUCUGCGAUUACACUAUGGUAUGUCACUGGUCCUUAAAGACCAUUUUUAAAUGUAUAAGUGCAGCAGUGGUCCUUAUGUUGUUAAUGUAAGUUUUAUUUAUUUUCAAUUUCUUUAAUGGUUUAUUGGAUUUUAUUUUUUUUAUUAUUGUGGUGUUUGUUGUUGCCACUUUUAUUUUUAGGUAAUGUUCAAUGCACGUGUGCUCAGCUUAUUAAAACAUUAAUAUAUUAUGGCUGUUUCAUUUAUUGUUGAUAGACAACCUGUUUUUGAAUGUAAUGCAUGUUUGUGUGUUAAUUUAAGAAUGUAUAAGAAAUACGACUCUUCCAGAAUAAAAGCAGAGGAUGAAGCUUUUUCAAGCAAGCGAUGCUUAGAAUGGUUCUAUGAAUAUGCAGGUAUGUGACUUUCUGUAUGUGCAUGGCAACACAAUAUGACAAAUGGAAUGGACAUCUUCCUAGAGUUCAUCUUCCAUCAUUGAGCAUACGCGGUGUUUAUUUGUCCGGUAGCAGUACCUGCACAUGCACAGUUGCUCUUGGCAAAAUAAGUGCCAGUGGAGACACUCUGUAGAUCGUGUUAAUUUUGUCUGUACGUUCAGCCGGCACCUUUAAUAGUAUAUAUUUAGUUUGAAGAAGAUCGAGAAGUGCUUAUAAUAUUUGCUUAUUUAAGGGUUGUGAACGAGCUUCAAAUUUUAAGCAAAAUACCAUAUUUAUGGGAAUAUAGGAUGCAGUGUUUUUGUUUUGUUUUGUUUUUUUUUAAUUUAUUUUUUUAGUCCAAAAAUAUGGAUUAAAUAACUGCCUGUGUCUUAUAUUCCACAUGUAUACAUAUAGCAAAUAUUUCUAUAUCAUUUAUCCUAUCCACCUAUCUCAGGCUUCUGUUGAGGAGGGGAUCCUGGAAGACCCUGUCUGCACCUCAGCCGGGGUCAGGCUGAAAGUAUUCCCCCCCCCCCCCAAGCUCCAGCCAUUCAGAUCAUUGCUGCAGAUUACCCCUGCAAUGCUUAGAUAACACAUAGUACCGGGGUUCGCAAGAAGAGUGUACUUGGUCUGCACACCAUGGAGGUGCAGGCUAAAGUCACUCAACACCAGGCCACCAAGCAUCAUCUUGUUCCCUAUCCCUGGCCAAAGGUAAGAGGCAGAGAGGGAGGAAGAAAUAACCUUUUAAUAAAACAAAUACAUUUUAAAAUAAUAAAAUAUAAAACUGCUCCAAUCCACACAGCACAGCCCCUACUCACCCCACAAAUUCACACACACUGCAUUCAUUAUACACACGUCCUCCCUUACACAAACACACACACUGCAUUGACUAAACAUAUACUUCUUAUUAACAUACACCUACUGCAUCGGUUACACACACACUGCAAAAGUUUACUGUAAUUAUGGUACUGGUUGUUGUUUUUUUUUUUCUUUAUUUUUUUUUUUUUUCUGAAUGUCUAUUUAAAAUAUAUGGAUGCAUCUCGUAUUCUGGUGCAUACACUCCUAUACCUAAAAAUACAGUUUGUAAUAUUUUCACUUUUUAUGGUGUGGCUGGCAAAGUUACUUGGGGCAUGGUGGAGUUACAUAUCUGUGUGGCAGACCACAGUCUGAAAUGUUGCUCCUCCAAUGCCAUGGAACCAGCUUACCUUCUGACUCAAACAUGGUUGAUUUGAUAUCCCAAAAUCCAUCAAAUUACGCAAUGUGAGGAUUAUUUCUUCUCUUUGAUACUGUGAAGCGAAAUUCUUCCUUGAUAGACUUGAACCAGCACAACGGAAUCUGAUGGUGCUAUAUAAAUAAUAAAAUAAUAAUAACCAUACUGCUGGUAUAGAAUUGGGAAUUAAUUUCUACUAACAUUAUAAGAAUAGAAGAACCAAACUCCACUUUCUGUUGCUAAUUUCUGAGUCUGCAGUGAUCUAUGUGUGAUACACUGCACAUGCUUUUAUUUUUACCCAUUACACACAAAUGUAGUCUUGUGCAUAUGCCAUUAUACAUUCCCAUACAUGUCUACAAGGAAAUGGUGAUUAAUUGCUAAUGUUAAUAUUUAUAAGGAGAAUGCAGGCACGUGGCUGUGUGAAAGACAGUAGACUCAAAAUAAUGUAACCGACCUUCUUCUUGGCAAUGAGCGGCUUUUUUGGUUGACAACUUUCUUUUGAUUUGGACAGGCUCUCUCAUAGCCUUUCAUAUGCAGGAAUAGUUUCCAUUCCUGAGUGAAAAAUUAUGAAAGCACUUGGCAACCUAAUACAACCUGUAGUGCUACAUCUAUAAAGUUGCUGUGCAGUUUCAUUCUAUUUUCAUGAAAGAAUCCACUUGUGAGUGUUAAACUUCAUAUCCCUUAAAGCUGUGUUUGGUACAGUUAUAUGGUAUGCACUGCACUCCUGAAAAAAAUGGAUGACCAGGACAGGCUGAAUAAUUUGGUCACUUCCCGAUUACAACAGCACCUGCAGAUUUGAACAAAAAACAAUACAUUUAAUUUGUGUCUAGUUCUUAUUUCUUCUUUCCUUUGCUGUAAGAUAACUACUGUGUUUCUUUGGCAGGAACAGAUGACAUUGUAGGCCCCGAAGGAAUGGAGAAGUUUUGUGAAGAUAUUGGUGUUGAACCAGAAAAUGUAAGUCCUAAAUUAAUAUUCUGCUAAUGUAGCCAAAGUAAUCCUCUGCAAUACUUCAGUUUGCAAACAGGAGCACUCACAUGACUUUUAUUAAGAUGCAUCAUAAAUUGUUUUGUUAGUUUUAACAUUUUAGUGCAAAAAUAGUGUAUUUAUAAAAUUUAAGGGUAUGUGGACUGAAGCAUUGAUGACUUCGUUGAAUUUUCUUUGCUGAUUAAUGCAGUCCCUGCAUGUUUUUCUCUUUUGAGUUAUGUUAAAUUUGUAACUUCCUGUCGUUCACAAGAUUUGACUUGCUGUAUGGGACACUCUUAAGCACUAAAACAACUUGGUAAAGCAGUUUUGCCAUAUAGAUCAUGCCCCUGCAGUCUCUCUGUUCAAUUCUAUGCUAUUUAGGAGUAAAAUCACUUUUGGGUUUGUUCAUGCAGCUCUAGCCACACACCUCAGCUGUGAUUGGCACUGCCAACACAAAAAUAUAGAAUGGUUUAAAGCAGUUCUGUCAUGUGCUUAGCCUUUUUUUUUUUUCUCUGACUAGGUGAAAUGAAUGUAUUCCGUAGCCUGGCAGUGACUUAUUGUCUAUGCCUUCAUUUGCCCUUUCUCUAUAGUGGACAUCCAAUCUCACACAUGUCCACUCCAUAAUUGUUAGCAUUGGUCACGUGGUGAGGAUUGUGAGAAUUUAUUCCCAUUAUACUUACCUGCCAGUCGCAUCCCUCGGGAUAAUUUGUCUUAUGAGGAGGAGGAGCUUGCUUUAAGCCCUACAUUUUGCCCUCUGAAUUUUAAGGCAAAUAAGAGGUAAGCAGAAAAGAAGAACAGAUUGAAAUACAGGAAGGAAAUAAUUGAUUGAGGAUUAAGAAAAGGCCAUUUUGACGUAACAGAGCCGAUUUAUUUAAGUGCACACAGGAGGCUGUUGCAGGGUAUACAAAAUUUAAAAUUAAACACACUGUAUUAUAAUGUAAGCUAAAAAACAAAAUACUUUUUUCAGGAAGUGUGUAGGUGUGAGUCACAGCCAGGGGAGAUGAGGAUAGGGCUACAUAAACAACAAAGAGACUAAUCUCCUAAAUGACAGUGAAAUUAAGAGGCCUAAUUUGUACAACAAAACCACUUUAUUAUGCAAAAGUUGUAUUAGUACGUAGUGUUCUUUAAAGGUACAAUUUACACACCUUAUCAAUUUAAUCGAAAUUAAGUUAUGGUGCCAGGAGGCCCCCUGGCUUGGAACGGUACAUUUCUUUCCAUACCAGUUUUAUGAAUUAGGAGUCACUGAUUGGUUGAGAGCAGUCAGCUGACACUCUCAGCCAAUCAGUAGCGCCCAUGCCUGGCUCAAUCAUGGUGACAUCCCUGUUUUAGAUGCAUUAUCUCCAGAGUACACCAAAAGCACGUUACUUACCUGAUGCUACCCCUGUUGGUGCCAUCAUCUUCUUUCUUCAGGCCCUGUCACUUCAUCCAGGGAAUGAAUGGUCAACAUUUGCUUAAAUCUCUUACAGUGAGAUGUUCAUAUUUGCAUGUAAUCAUUAGAUCAUACCUGUUCUUCACCAGUUUUAAUAAUAAUUUAUAUUGUGUAUCUCAAAACUAAAGUUGCCUUUGUUCCUACUCAUGCAAUAGAAGCCUACUCUAUUGUCUUUCAUUUCCCUGCGACCCUAGGAUGUUCCUUCAUUAAUAUGUAUUUUGAUCUUUCCUCAUUUAAAAACCUGUUAUUUCGGACACUGCGGCUUCGAACUAAAAGCUGACAAAAACGUACUUUUAAGGGCGAUUACCUGCUAUACUGAGAUCCCAGAUACCGAACCUGCACACCUUACCGCCAUGGGACGCAAAACAAAAAAGUCCAAACAGGACCGACCUACCAUGGGGAUGAACAUCGGCGAAAAGUGGCGCCAGGCACAUGGCGUGAGCGGGCCCAAGAUGGCCGCGCUGUUGGGCGGCUGUUCCGAUUUCUCGGACGACCCGGCCUCAGAGGAGGAAGAGGCAUUUUCAAUUGCACUGGCGAAACCCCAGCCUACACAACAGACAAAAUAAGACUCAUCCCCGGUCACAAUCUCUGCCUUAAAGAAACUCCUUGCGGACUUACAGACCACUCUGCAAGCCGACAUUGCCACGAUAUGUGGAGGGCUGCAGGGACUAACAGGCCGAAUCAACACACUGUAAACUACCUCUAUCCAGGACUCCCAGCGGAUACAGGUGCUGGAGAGACUGGUGCAAGAGCUACAGCAGCAAAAUCAGGCCCAUGAACGCCGCUUCGCGGCCCAGGAAGACUUCCGCCUGCAGAACAACUUGAAAAUCAGGGGGGUACCCAACCCGGUCUCCGAAGCGAAGCUGUCGCACUUGAGAUAAAUGAUGGGAGACUUGCUACCACCCAAGCAGGCUAAAGCAACACCCCUGGACGGUUUUCUGCAUCCCCAAACCGGCCAAAGCCCCGCCAACGGCAUCAAGUGACCUGAUCAUCCAAUUUAGGCACAGAGCAGACAAGAUGGCUAUCCUGAAGGCAAUCGGGGCAAGCCAAACUACCACUUCGAAAAUAUGGCAUUAGAAUUUUACAGCGACCUGUCUGGCAGUACAAUGGCCUGGCGAAGGUCACUCAGGCCCUUUACCUCACUACUCCAACAGCGCAACAUAGGAUACUGCUGGUGCCUGCCCUGUAUGCUCCAAGUCUCACACGGAGAGACCACACACCAACUCCAAGAUAUACGAGACGCGGGCACACUACUAAGGGACUUGGGACUACCGCAAGACCUUUUACUAAAACCGCAACCCAAUACCAGGCCCUUGCAUAUCUGGGACCUGAGCAACAUCACCCCAUUUACGCCAGGACGACAGGCAGAGGAACCAUACGCUACAGCGACUACAUGAAGCCCCGAGAGACUAUCUGACCGGGACUGACAACGACUUCUCAUAAAUACCUUAAGUUUGUGUUCACUGUUUAAUUAGAUUUUGACAAGUUAUACCGCUUUUGGGCACUACAUGCCUACCAACAGGUUUGCAAUACCUCACACUCCAUAAGCUAACCACUGCCGACACCGUACCAUGUACGCCUCGGCUAGGUUCACCUACAUAAAAUGCCGGAACUGCAGCAGUCUCCUGGCUUGAAUCCGUCUUCGGACACUUCUUUGACUUUACCAUCUUGCUUACCGCUCCUGUCCACAUGAUAGGAUGACUAGAAACUCCUUUUGUGAGAAUGUUCUGCUUUUUCAGCUCGCAAUGCCUUGCGCAAGAUGGGCAAAUCAAUGUAACAUAAACAUACAACCUGUCUGAACCUUUAGUUAAUUUUUACUGCAUACUAGCUUAUGAUACACUACGAGUCAUACUACCACACUACAACUAUAUUUGCAUAGCUAAGCUAGCACUGUUAAGCGUUGAAUAUCUCGCUAUCUUACUCUACCCAAAUGAUGCAUGUAACUUAACUAAUGGUACUAGCUAUACUAACAUAGCUAACCUAGCAUUGUUAAAUAUUAAUUGUUUAUAAUUGUCUCAUGUAUCUUUCAGUAUAAAGAGACUGUCAGCUUUUACAAAAUUUAAAAUGUGCUAGACCAGUAAAUGUCAUAACCAGCACUAACCAAUGAAGUUAUAUAUAACUUGACACCACUGUUGUGGCAUAUCAAGGCUGUUUGUCAAUUUUUGAGCACGAUAAAAAAAAAAAAAAACUGUUAUUUCUUUCUCUUCCUUGUUCUUUUAUACCAUUAUGAUUAAUGUUCCUGUAUUAGUGUUCGGCAAUUUUAUUAUAAUGCAUUUUAUUUCAUUUGGGGAAAUUUGCAUGUAAAUGUAAAUCUGAAAAGUGUGGUCAUCUGUAAAGUGCACAGUUAUUAAUGUGCAGUAAUCACCAUGUUUUUACUGGCUGAUGAUCUUCACACUUCCAGACAUUUUUACCAAAUUUCUUAUCUCAACACUAUUAAAUGCCACUCUUCAUUUUAUUUUGUUUCCUUAUCCCUACAAAUGAUGGCUAUGCAGCAUAAACAUAUUAUCUUUUUCAUUUUUACUGUGUAUUAUUGUACACACUUAUCCUAUGUUUAUGCAAAUAUGUCAAAUUUUUUAUUUUUUUUACUGGCAAAUGCCUCUGUUAAUUGUAGUUAAACGUUGAUUUAAUUUUAUUUUUUUGCACUACUCAUUUACUUUGUUUUUUCUUUAGGUAGUAAUGCUUGUUCUGGCUUGGAAACUAGAUGCACAGAAUAUGGGUUACUUUACUUUACAGGAAUGGUUAAAAGGAAUGACAUCCCUUCAGUAAGUUUACUUUUAGAAUGUAAGCAAUGUAUUGACAUGUGAAAAGCUAUUUGUACAGUUUACCUUUUGAUAACUUUCUUGAUGAUGAGAAAUCCUAACACCAUGGGGAUCUGGGCAAUUCAUAUUCUUUAAAAUCAACAUCCCUGCAGAAAAAUUAACCUGUUCAAUGCCAUCUUGGUACGUUUUUACAUUUUUAUUAUUGUUGAUCAAUAUCUGUAUAGUCUUGUUGUGACUUUAAAACUGGAACCUGGUUUAUAAGUACCACAAUUGUUUAUACAAUUUGUGUCUGCACAUUUUAUCACUCCAUGAACAUAUUUCCCUUGCAGUGGUCCUUUUUAUUUCAGAUAGUCUACUCCUGCUGUUUUUGUUCACAUUAUUUUGGUGAAUUAGAUACUGUAUUUAAGAAAUGUAAACAAAUUAGGUUCAUACCUUUUGCUUUCUCUGUGAUUUCAAAAUUAAGUAUACUGUUCAACUGGACAGCAUAACUGUCUGUGUACCAAUUCCAGAGGUUGCCAUGGGCAGCGCAUCCUUUACACCUGCAAUAGAGAAGCCUUCAGAAAUACAUUUUUGAAGUCUCUUCUACAAAACUUAGCUUUUUUGUCUGCAUUGUUUGUCUAACUGUGGCUUGUGUCAGUGCCGUAUUAAGGACUACUUCACUCUAGAGCCAAAGAUCAUGAUGUGACUAAUUACAAGCAAAAAGUAAUGAACUAAAUAUUUUGACUUUUUAAAGUGAGCUAGCAAAAUGUUUGUAAUUUGUGUAUAUUUAUACAAGGCAAUGCAGCUGGUGAUUUUCCUCACCUGCCCUAGCUAUUCCCCCAGCAAGAGUGUAUCAUGCUUAUUGGAGGAAAUAUAGGAAUAUUGUGACUGAUGUCACUUUGCUCAGCCGCCAAAGUGCUGGCAGUGAAAUCAGCAUGUAUACAUAGUCAGGUAGAAUUUUCCUGUCUAGGGAUGUGUACCCAGCAGGGACAGUGACUGUGCAAAUAAUGACAUUCACAGACCCUCCGGGAAUUACUUUGCUAGAAUGAGGGGCAGAAGGUAUACAAGUGUAUACCAGCUGUCAACGCAAUUUAAUAUAUCUUCUAUUAAUGAUCAAAUGAUAAAUUGGUUAUUGCUGUUAUAAAUUUAGGUGAACAUGGAGUGAUAAGUUCACUUGAAAGAGUUUAAGCUAGUUAAAAUAUGGCAAACUUAAAGUGGCUUCUGUAUAUACAAUACAUAGCCAAACCAGGUACUUUUCGUAAGUGAUUAUCAUUAAAAGAAAAACAUUCUUUUGUUUACAAAAAAUGUAUCCCAUAUAAUAGCUUCUUUGUGCUUUAACUCCUUGUGCACAUAUGUAAGUAAAGUCCUCUUUCCAGAAGACCAUGUAAGUAACCCAGAAGAAUUCAUUAAUCAAAGUGUCUUGUGAAAGGCCAAAGAGAACUUAAAAGACCAAACCGUGCAUAUCCUGCACUAAAAGAAAAUACAUUUUAUUUUUAAACAUGUUUAUUUUAUUCCAGAUGUGAUGCAACGGAGAAACUACGUAAUACCUUGGACUACUUGAGGUCGUUAUUAAAUGAGCCAACUAAUUUUAAACUUAUUUAUAGAUAUGCCUUUGAUUUUGCACGGGUGAGUGAUUUUAUGUAUCAAUGUUUUCAUUGAUAUCCUGUAGGAAAGUAAGAUGUUGCUUAAUUGUAAUAAUUAAUCAAAAUAGUUUGUGCCUUUGAGCCAAUAAACAAAUGUUCCAUUUCCCCUAUUCCUUAAUUUGAUCUGCCAGAAAUCCAUGCAAUAAAUGCUGCUUGCCACAAUAUGUCAUUCUUUUACAAAAAAAUUUAUUAAUAUAUUGGAUAUCCUCCUUUCCUCUUAAAGAUGGCUCAGUGUAGUGAAUAUGUAGUAUGUGUAUUGUUAAUGUAAUAUAUUUACUUAUUAUUGUAGUAAUCAGGGAAUUUGUUUGAGUGUCACUCUGAGAAUUUACAAUGAUACAGUUUCUGUUAACAGUUUAAAAGCCUUAUUGUGUAUACACAUCACAUAGUUUGCUCGUAGCAUGUAAGGAUGGACAAUGUUCUUUUGUUGCCAGUAAUCUUGUGUCAGUGUUUCUGCUCAAGAACUAAAUAUGUGUUUCUGUGUAGGAAAAGGAUCAGAGAAGUCUAGAUAUGAAUACAGCAAAGUGCAUGUUGGGUCUCUUACUAGGGAAAACUUGGCCAUUGUUUCCAGUGUUUCAUCAAUUUCUAGAGGUAUGAAAUCAAUGUUUAAUAGUAAUUAUUUUCCAGAGUACAUAUGCAGGAGGUGACUAGUUUUUGCGUAUUUGAAUAGCCUAAUUUAUUGCAAACAUAUCCUGGUAAACAUUGGGUGGGGGGGGGAUUUUAUAAAUGUAAUCAUAACCGAGAAGUGGAGCAAAGUUUUAAAAGAGAGCAAUCAAUCGUUGAGGACAAUUAUUGUUACCACUGUGAUUGCUCUUCUUUUAGAACUUUGCCCAAACCUUCUUUUAUCAAAACAUUUCUAAAUUCUCUCCAUGUGUCAUUCUAUGUAUGUCAAGUUAUUUGUGUGCAUCAAGAUAGAUACUCCAAAAAUUUAAUUGUCAUAACUUGAAAUAAAUUAUUUUAUGGAGCAUAAAAUUCAUCUUCAUGGAUUUUCUUUUAUUUCUGUAUUUGUGUAUACAUGUAUGCCAUCAACAUUGUGGGAUGUCAAAUUUAACAUUUGGGUAGAAACUGAUGCAGUGUCAUCCACAUCCACAGUGUCAUCCACAUCUAGAAAGUGCCCUUACUCAAGCACUUCCUAAAAAGAUUUCAGUUUGUGGUGGGUGUAAAUAAUUUUGGGGCAUGCAUUGUUUGUCAAAACAAAUGGACUUUAAUUUAUAUUGGCUGUCUGUAAUGUCUAUUUGAUGUUACCUAAAGAUCAUAUUCCGUAUGGGAGAUUGAUUAUGGUUGUCUGAAUUACAUGAAAAACAAUAUGUAGACAACUGAGUAGAAUUCAGGUACAAGCUGGGGAGAUUUUGUUAAGCUUCCAGCACAAAACAUAAAGCUAAGCUGUUCUAAAGUUUGUUGAUGUUGGAAAAAAUGUUUUGAUAGCACUUUGUCGGUAACACAUCAUCUACAUAUUGUACUAGGCAACCAGCUUGGACAAAAUCACAAGGUACGUAUAUAACUACUUAGUAUACAUAUUUAUUUGAUCUCACGAACACAAGGUGUAAAUUGGGUUGUAUUUAGAGAUUAAAAAUUUCCUGAAAUGUGGAAGUCCUGUUUUUUUUGCGAAAAAAGAUUGGCAUUUUUAAAAUAUGCAUAGUGGAGUAGUUUUACAAACUGAAAAUAAUUUUGUUACACUGGGAACAUGAAUUGCAGUGUAUAUCAAAGUAUUAUGCUUGAAAUAAAUGUACAGCAUAAUCGGUAAAUAAUAAACUAAAUUUGCUUUUUGCUUUUUUUUUUUUUUUUUGUUACAAACGGAACAAGGUCUGUAAAUGUUAAAAACAUUUCAACUAUACAUGAGAACAGGUAACCCCUCCCUUUCCCUCAAAAGCUGCAAAAAAAAACAUCAACAUAAAAAAAAAAAAAAAUCUUCUCUAAUCCUCCUCCAAAGCUUUCACUGGGUGAGUGAUCACAAAUGCCCAAUCAGAUUUGCACGUUGGCACAAAUUGAAAAUAUAAAGGUAAGUAACUGGCAUUAUUUGUGCCGGUAGGAUGUGGCCACAUGGCAUUGUGGAGGUGGAAAGACCACCUCAAUAUUUAGUCUUCAUAUUGAAGGUUUAACAUUGGAGUUGUCCUUUAACUGGCAUAAGAACUUUGGAGGAAAAAGCUACUUGCAGUUUCAUUGCUAUGGCCUUAAUCGUUUAAUUCCCCAAAAAAUUCUUAAUGUCUUUAGGACACUUCUGGCGCGCAAGGAUGUGUUUGGUCAUCCUUGGAGCAUUUGGGAAAUAAUAUUUCUUGUCAUACUAUUUGCAAAUUACAGUAUUGUUCUCAGCAGAAAUUUCAUUGUGGAAAUGUUUCCUAACACUGAAUGUUGGUCUACCCACCUUACUGAGAGGAGGAAAAGAAAAGCCAAUUUACUGGCCAGCCAGACUCAGACUAUAGGUAAACAUUACACAGUUAAGCGGGGGAACAUUAAUAGGAAUCUUAUAGAUAAAGGUUAUAAAGAUAACAUAAUUUUUUGGACUAAUUUAACCUGUUACCUGUCAACCUUAGAAUGUAAGCUCGUUUGAGCAGGGUCAUCUUUAACCUAUCGUUCCUGUAAGUUUUCUUGUAAUUGUCCUAUUUAUAGUUAAAUCCUCCCUCUCAUAAUAUUGUAAAGCGCUACGGAAUCUGUUGGCACUAUAUAAAUGGCGAUAAUAAUAAUGAAGGCCUAAUUGAGAGGACUUAAACAAUCAACCAAUGCAGCCAGCUAUAACCAAACUAAACUAAAACCUUUUUACUUGCAGCGCCCCUAGAGACAGAAAUGCAUCUUGCUCUUAUUUGAGAAUUACAUUCUCAAUAUUUGAAAUGUGCUCCAGGAUUUGGUUGUCUUCAGAUGAUCGAACUUGCAGUGAUUUGAGACUUUACAUAAAGUCUCAAAUCUUUUAUGGUCUUCAUGUUAUAUAUUUUGAAUACCAUGUCAUAAACAUAUUAUUUAUCAUUGUAAAAGAACAUAUUCCACACUCCAUAAUUUGUUUUCAAUUAUUCCAGAAAAAAAACAAACACUUUAGAAAAGACAGUGAUAAAAAUGUUUUCUCUAUUUUUUUCAGAUAUUUUUCAGGCAUUCCCAUCUAUAGUUGUAUUGUCAGUGUAAAGAUUUUUUUUUUUAUUCUUUUUUUUUUUUCUUUUAGAAGUCUGUUAAAACAAAAAAGGCAACCCUACACAUGUGAUUUUUCUACUAUAGUUUGGCAUAGAGUAAUUUUUGUUACUUCUUGCACAUUUGAGGCUUGAUUAGGUUUUAUUUAUGGAAAUGAUGAGAUUUUUAUUGUUUAUAGAUUAUUAAUUUAAGCUUGUUUCUAUUUACUUGAAUGUGUUAUCCUUCAAGCUAUUUUGAGUACUGUAAAUGCCAAACCAUUGGUGCAUUGUGCAUCUGUGGAUGGUAUAGUAUUUCGAGCAGGUAGGCAUGUACAUGCUUGUUAUAUCCUAUUGGUUAACAUUAGUGAUGAGAGCUUCGAUGAUCAUGGAAAAUAGAGAAGGUGGACCAGACGCUUUGUAAAAGAGAGAUGUCUACAGGUGAGAUUUCUUUUUUUUUUUUCAAAUUUUUUUUAUCUCUAUAAUGAAUAGUGUUUCACUCUUUCUCCUAGUAAAACCAUUUCUGGACAUAUAAACUGUGUAAUUUUAAGUUGUAUUUGUUUAUAUUCAUUACUGAAAGCUUAAUAUGCAUUUUACCUUCUUUGUAAUAAACACCUCCCAUUUUGAUUUGAUUGUUGCAGCAAUCAAAAUACAAAGUGAUUAAUAAGGAUCAAUGGUGCAAUGUACUAGAAUUCAGUCGAACAAUAAACCUUGAUCUCAGCAAUUAUGACGAGGAUGGUGCUUGUGAGUACAUUUUGUUAUUGUUCUUAUUUUGAAUUGGUUGUAUUGCUAAUCCCUAUGCUUUUUUUCUGUGGUUUGUUCUUGAGGGGAAAAAAAGUCCAAACUCUGGAAAGUCCCUUGAAAACUCCACUGUGAGUGUCCUCACACAGAAAGUUCAAAGUAGAAAAAUAAAUUGUGUAGAUACCUGUGCAAAGCUCUCAUUGAACCCAUCAAUGUGGAAUCACAUGUAGCACCAAAGGUGCAGAUAGUGUAAAUGAUAAAAUAAAUAUUUAAACUGUACACUUUCACUCCUUCAAUUUAUAUGCAUAUAGGUAUGUAAAUGUAAAAUCCAUAAAUAUUGUAUAGUUGUAAAUUUAGAUAAAAAUUUAGAGUACUAAAUGUUAGUCAUGAUAGUCAUUCAUACGCCCAGCUGUGCAAAAAAAAAAUAAUUCUAUUUUUGUAGUAACUUUUUUUUUUCCUCCCUUGCAUGUGUUUUUAGCAUACCAGACAAUUCAACAUUACCAAUUAACUGUUUGUGCAUCUUAAGCCAUUGUCUUUUUAGUAUAUGUACAUAAACACCCAAUGGCACAAAAAGAAAAGCAUAGCUAAAUGUCUGUUGGGUAUGAUAUCAGCCUGAGCUGCAGACUUUGAAUAGUUCCAAUCAAAGAGCAAUAUUUAAUCUGUUUUUCACUAAGUGGAUGGCAGUCCAGAUGACAGCAGCCCUCUUUUUAAGUGAUCAAUAUGUCACUCACUUAGUGGAAGAUUGCCUAAAUUCUCCUUUAGUAUAUGAUUUUUGUUUGUUUGUUUGUUUUAACAUGUGGCUUAUCCUAACUCUUCUUUUUUUUUCCCAAAGGGCCUGUAUUACUGGAUGAAUUUGUUGAGUGGUAUAAAGAAAAACAGAUGGCAUAAAGCAUUUGCUAUGCAUAGCAGCUGAAGAUUCAUUGUUAACACAUUUCUGUCAACUAUUAGCCAUGAACCGCUGUUUGUAUCAAAGCGCAUGAUGCUUUUUUGCACAGUUAUCCUACUGCUGUAAUUCCUGGGUGUUAGCUGUUUGACAGGCCAUGCUUUUAUGUGUAGCAUUGUUCUCUUUAAAGGCUGCUUUGCAUUUUGUAUUUACACUACAGAUUGGUAAAAUUGCCAAUGUCUUCACUGUGAUUUUGUGUAUAUUUCUGUCCAUUAUUAUAUAUUUUUUUUUGUAAAUGCCUGUACAUAAAUGCUUCUCUUAGAUAUAUUUUCUUCUGAAAUGUAUUGUAAAAAAAAAAAUGACCUCCCAGCAAAUUUCUAGUCCCUUAUAUUCCUUUUCAAGGAACAAAAUUGAAACACUUGAUCUUGUUACAAAUAUAUCUGUUGUCAGUUUUAACAUCUCUUUUAAGUCCAGAUUUGUGAUUUUCAAAACACCUAUUCACAAGUAAAUGCAUUAACAUUGUUCUUCUUCAAAAAGUUUUUAGUUUUUUUGUGUUGGUAGUAAAACAUUGGGACAUGGUUUACACUAUAAAGUUAUGUUGGCAUUGGCCUGCAGUGGCUCAGGAUCCUUGUACAGUUUAAAAUAUAUUAUUUUGUCUUUUUUUUUUUCUUCUUGGUCCUUGUAUUAGAACUCUAUGCUAUGAAGGUUUAAAGCAGUUGUUUUGAAUGCUGCAUCAUUUACUGGAACGUUUUAUUUUAUAUAGAGCAGUGUCACUUUAUGAAUAGACUUUGUUAAUUCUUGUCAUGCACCGGUCUUUUUACUAUUAUUAUCUUCAUUAUUAUCACUAGAAUUUUUAAUUGGUUUAAAGAAACUUUCCAAGUUCCAUUACAGCGUUUUGUAGCAACAAAUGUUUUAGGAAGAAUACAAAGAAUUCUCUUGAUUUCAGAUAUGCUAUAGGAUUGUUGAACAGUAAAACACAAUUACAAUGUUAUACAUUGAAACAUUCCAAACACAUGGUUAAACAUCAGUAGUUAUUAUUGAUUACUGAUACAGAGAAGGAGAUUGUUUAAAGGUUUUCAAAUUGGUGUCAUGCUUUUACGCAAUCUCUGUUUAGGAAGCUGCUUGACCUUUGCCCCAAGUGCAUCUUGGGACAUUUGUAGAACUCGAGAGAGCGUGCUGAUUAGGUAUUUAAGGAGCUGUCAAGAGAAGUGAAACACCAUACAAAAAAAAAGUCAAAAGUAUAAUCAUUAGUCAGGGUAGAUCAUUUAAAAUAUUGAUGAGUUAUACAGAAGAGUAGCAGAUUUGCAAAGAUGUGUUUGUGGCAAGGAUGGAUGGACAAUACCACAUUUUCAAAAUGUAAUCACUGCCAUAAAUAUGUUACACAAUAGGACAGUCUUUAAGAGACACUGCUAAGAUAAGCAGGAAUAGGAAAUAAAGUGCCAAUACUAGCAUUUAAUGCCUCUUUUUUUUGUGUAUUAUGACAUGAAGAUUUGGGCUGUCUCUGUUUGUCUUAACUACUAAACCCUCUACUCUUAUCAACGUGUCUCCUAAAAGUACAUCUGGGCACCAGCACAACUUAAGAACAUUUGAUAGGUUUUAACUUCAUAUUAAUGCGGUUUGUUCCACAGGUCUCUACAGCAUACCUCUGCCUCUUUAGCUACAUUCUCUUUAUACAAUGCAACUUCCUUAUUAGAUAUUCUGAGCUGCUGACAGUUGUCGACUCCACAGCAAAAUCAUUGUCCUCUUAUUAUGUCCCCUUUCCC